CCAAACCCUGCAAAUUCAUUCAACACGGGUUGUAUCUUCAAGCUAGCUGCAGGCUCACACGCUAGCCAGCAGCAUGUGUAACGAAUUAAAACGUCGGUCUUUAACUUAAGUUCCACAGCAGUAACAAUAUACGUCAGUAGCAGCAUCACUUAGUGAAUAUAAGUGAGCGAAAGGACACUUUUUAGGCGGGUGCGUUGGUAACGAACGUGUCGUGUUAUGGGAGAGAAACGGAGGUCAGAUGAGCGGUGGGCAGAGAGUGACGAGCCUGCUGCUGCUGCUGCUGCUGUUUUGACAGCUCUCCUGUGAUACUGUAGUACUGAUCGACUUACAUUACAGUCAUGCCUGGGAAACUAAAGGCAAAGAUUGUGGCGGGGCGUCACUUACCUGUCAUGGACCGAGCCAGUGACCUCACUGAUGCUUUUGUGGAGGUUAAGUUUGGAAACACAACAUUUAAAACAGAUGUAUUUCCCAAGUCCCUCAAUCCACAGUGGAACUCUGAGUGGUUCAAAUUUGAGGUUGAUGAUGAGGACUUGCAGGAUGAACCAUUGCAGAUCACUGUUUUGGACCACGACACCUAUAGUGCCAAUGAUGCCAUAGGGAAAGUUUACAUUGACAUUGACCCACUACUGUGCACUGAGGCUGCUUCUGUCAUCUCUGGCUGGUUUCCCAUCUAUGAUACCAUCCAUGGUAUUCGAGGGGAAAUCAAUGUCCUCGUCAAAGUGGAGCUCUUCAAUGAUUUGAACCGCUUCAGACAAUCCUCCUGUGGUGUUAAGUUCUUCUGCACCACAUCUAUUCCACGCUGCUACCGUGUUGCGAUGGUGCAUGGGUUUGUGGAGGAACUCGUGGUGAAUGAAGAUCCGGAAUACCAGUGGAUCGACCGUAUCAGAACUCCCCGGGCCUCCAACGAGGCUCGUCAGAGGCUCAUCUCCCUUAUGUCUGGAGAACUGCAAAGGAAAAUCGGGCUUAAGGUACUGGAGAUGGGCGGGAAUGCAGUGGUGGGCUACUUGCAGUGUUUUGAUCUGGAAGGAGAGUCUGGCCUGGUGGUCCGGGCCAUAGGUACUGCCUGUACACUGGAUAAAAUCAGCUCUGGAAGUGCCCCCAGCACCGCCACACAUGUGCAUCCUAACACAGCCCCUGCUUCUAAUGCCUGCAAUUCCCCCUCGAAGGAUGGAAAGGAGCCGGUUUUUGGUGAGGAUGUACUCUCGUUCUCUGGCCCGCCCACCCCUUUCAGAGCCCUCCCCACCUCCUCCUCCUCUCCUCCCCCCUUCUCUCCCUCCAAGCCAUGCAGCCGCCAGUCCUCAUCAUCAGACACAGACCUCAGUUUGACGCCCAAGACGGAGAAACCCCAGCUAGUGAGAUGCAGGCCCGGCAUCUUUCUCUGCCCCAGCUCCCCCAUCCUCUCUUCAGACAAUCUUUACUUCCCUGGGUCUGGCUCACUGGGCCGUGGUCCCAACACUGCCCUGAGAGCUGCCACCCCACCCUGUAUCUCCUCCAUCCAGUCAGACUCUGCCCUGCUGAGAAAGAGUGUGUCUUUCACUGAGGACCUACUGCUGGCAGCCUCUGGUAUGGGCAGUGGAGGCAGUGCCGGCAAAGAGGCGGGACCUCUGAAGACCCUGCUGCGACAACAGACACAGACAGCCCUUGAACAGAGGGAGUUUCCAUUCUUCACUUUAACAUCUUUCCCACUGGGUUUUCUGGUCCAUGUCGGUGGAGUAGUCAGUGCCCGCUCCGUCAAACUACUGGACAGAAUACACAACCCUGACGAGCCAGAGACUCGUGAUGCCUGGUGGGAGGAAAUCCGUCAGGAGAUCAAGUCUCAUGCCAAAGCUCUUGGCUGCCAUGCUGUUGUGGGCUACAGUGAGAGCACCAGUAUCUGUGAGGAGGUGUGUAUCUUGUCAGCGUCGGGCACAGCAUCCAUCUUGAAUCCCAGAUACAUGCGUGAAGGUUGCCUAGACAUCGGAAACACUGAUCACAGGUUGUUUUUGUGUGAAUCUCUCUGCAUGUAUAGAAAAUGUAAAUUAAAUAUCCGUACGUACAGGAUGGACGGAGUCAUGAAGGCUAAUACCACAAGGUGCGUGUUGUUUGCCAGGUUUGAGGAGCCGUCGCCUCCAAGCUGUGGUUUCUGUCACAUCCCGUACGAUGAGCUGAACAUGCCAUUUCCCGCUCAGCUCACAUACUGUCACCACUGCAGACGACAAAAGGUUCCUGAUGUGCUCUUCACAACAAUUGACAUGCCAUCUGAAGCAGCCGUCUCAGGGAAAGGCUGCCUUAUUCAGGCCAGGCUGUGUCGUCUGAAGAAGAAAGCCCAGGGAGAAGUGAAUGCUACGGUCAUCUCCAACCUGCUGCCUUUCAUGGAAUACGAGCUUCACACUCAGCUGAUGAACAAACUGAAGCUGCGGAACAUGAACGCUCUGUUUGGCCUACAGAUACAGAUCAGUGUUGGGGAGAACAUGCUCCUGGGUCUGGCUUCUGCCACAGGAGUGUACUUGACAGCAUUGCCGGCGCCAGGGGGAAUUCAGAUUGCAGGGAAGACUCCUAUUGACCUGAGCAACGAGCACCACAUCCUCACCAUCCAGAAAAGGAUCAAUGACACUAUAGCCAAGAACAGAGAGCUUUAUCAAAUCAAUCCUCCGGAACUGACUGAGGAAGUGGUGGGUUCUCCAAUCCCUGAGCCGAGACAGCGGUCCAGACUUUUCCGCUCGCACUCGGAGAGUUCAGAUGAACUGUCAGAGCUGGACCUGUCCCACGGCAAGAAGGAUGCCUUUGUCCUGGAGAUUGAUGACACUGAUGCUGUGGAGGACAUCCACUCUCUCCUCACUGAUGCCCCUCCCCCACCUGGUUUCUACAGCUGCAACACUGAGAUUAUGCCUGGGAUUUGCAACUGGACUUCAGCAGUGCAGAUGUUUACGUCAGUGAGAGUCUUUAGGUUGAGUAAUGUCAAUCUUACGAACCAAGGCUUGAACAAGAUCUUUACUGACUUGUGUGAAAAUCUGCUCAAGAGUUUUUACUUCAAGUUGCGCUCCAUGAUCCCCUGCUGUCUGUGUCAUCUCAACUUCACUGUAGCAGUGCCAGAGGACGAACUCAUACAGGUUGCAGUGACAGCAGUUGCCAUGACCUUUGACAAGGACCAGACACAGGAGAGGACAGCAGACAAGCCUGUCACCAAAGGGUGCAGUGAGACUGAAGAGCAGCUGCAGUUUCCCUUGGAGUUGUUUGCAGACUCAUCCAACACUCAGACAUCAUCCAAAAUCUCAGGUGUCCCAGAGAGUACCGGUGUCUCACCCAGAGCUGCCUCCGUUGAUUACGGUUCCUUUGCAGACAGAUGCAGCACCUGGCUAGAGCUGCUUAGGCUGAAAGCUCACACCAUAAGACGAGGAUCAGUUAAGACAAGUAGGAGGACACAGUCUCUAGCACACUCUGCCUCCUCUUUGGAUCGCUGCAGUCCGUUGCCUGAGGGACGUUCCAGAUCGCUGCGCUCCAACCGCUCCUUUGGGGGCGGUUCCGUCACCGUGGUGAAGAUGACGCCGCUCUCUUUCCUCCCUGGGACACGCAUCCUUAAAUAUCUGGGGAUUAUCAAUAUGUUUUUCAUCAGAGAGACAACGUCCUUGCGGGAGGAAGGCGGUGUUAGUGGCUUCCUGCAUUCGUUCAUAGCAGAGGUGUUUGCGAUGGUGCGAGCUCAUGUAGCAGCCCUAGGCGGUAAUGCAGUAGUGUCCUACAGCAUGAAGGAGUGUAUGUUAAUGGAAAAUCCACAUAAGAACCAGGCUCAGUGUCUCAUCAAUGUGAGUGGGGAUGCCGUCAUCUGUGUCUUGGAGACAGACCAGGAGCCCAUGUCCUCAACAACAAGCAUUGGACAGACCUGCACUAGUGGAGCCACAUGACACUCAGUCUGAAUGAAUCCACUCAACGAGCCGUCCAAAUGAGUCUUUAAUGCCUGCCUUACAAUUCUGUGGACACAGAUGACAAAGAACAUGUACUCACACAUACCCUCAAAAACAUCUGUAUUAAUAUAAGAUAGUUCCUCUUUGUGUUCUUCUAUUUAACGAGAGCAAUUCUGCAUGGAAAACCAAUGUUAGAGUAUUUAGCAUCAUCAAUCUCAGCCAUAUAUUUCUGCCUGUGUAUUGCAGCCGUCCAGAGUGGGCUCACCCACAGCUAAAACGUCAGCCAUUCCUUUGUUUUGCACCAAUGACAUGUGCUACGGCAGCUAUGACUCAUAAUGUCCAGCCGAGGAUCACAUGAGGCAGGAAAUGGACAUGCCAAAAGGGACGAGAAAAAAACAAACAUCCAGUCUUUCCCGCAGUGUUAGACCUUAUCAGACCUGGUAAUGACAUUCAUCCUGAGUGACUAAACACUCCUUCCUCUGAGCCAACAUAGAGACGGAGAUUGUCUCCUCAGCUGAUUUCCACCAGUUUGCUGCAGUUUCACAGUAUUUUUACACUUAUCGGUGCUCAUACACCACUGCCACAAUAGUAACACUGAUUCGCACAUGAUUUCUUAUUCUAAUUGUAAAAAUGGUAAAAAAAAAAAAAAAAAAUGUGUUAUUUGAAUAACUGGAGCUCAUCUUUUUGUCUCUCAUUUUUUUUUUACUCUCAUGCACACACACACGCCAACAUCAGACUCCUUACAAACACAAGAAAUUGACAUUAGAUGUGAAGAAACAAAGAUAAUGAGAGACUGGAUGGUGCAGGAGUGUAAUGAUUUCAGAAGAUGGCAGUAAUGUAGCAUCAUGGAUUUAAUCUUGACGCAUCCAGGAUGCAUUUUAAUGCCAAAGGGUUAACAGUCCUACUUCAAGAUGUCCACUCAGGGUUGAUGUUUGUACCAGGUCUGAAUGUGCUGUAGGUAACAUGCAUGUCGAAUGUUCAUUUGUCCAUUUAUAUAAACAUCACCAUGGCUUCCUGGCAGUCUGGGAUAUCAGUUUUAAGGCUAAAAUCCAAACGGUGAAGGAAAACCUUUAACGCCAUUUUGUUAUAAUCAUGUAAUCAUUCAUUUGUGUCAUGUUUUAAUUUCCAAAUUCGAGUUUGUAUUGAUUAUUGUUGAUUAAUCAUCUUGAUUGCUGUUACAGUAUUGCUCGUUGCAGUAUCCUGUCCAAAUUCCAUCAGUAAGUGUCAAAUAAUGAUGCCACAGAUUACAACCAUGUUUCUUUUUGUUCUAAAUGUCUGGAGUGACUCGAGUUACGCAUGUUAAUAAAUGGAUCAUAUACAGAUGUGCACCAUAUACAGAUGUACAUAUCUACAGAUAGCAUAUUUUUGUAGAAAAAGUAUUUUGAUUGCUUUAUCUUAAAUAAUAAUAAUUUCUAUGCCAUUUUUGGUCACCUUGGACGUAGAGAGGGAAACUGAUAUAAUACAAAUAUGGAAGUUGCUGAAAAUCUUUUUGACUGAACUACACCUGGAGCGGUGUGUGCACGUCAGUUUCUUCUCUUGAUGCCUUUCACUAUUAAAGUCAAAUUUCACAUCUUUUUGCCAAGAUUAUUGCAUUGGCAGUUAUUUACCAAAUAAGUCGUACUACUGAUCUGACUCUUAUGCUGGAAACGAACGCAUCUCUCUGUGAAGGUGCCACCUGAAACUUUAUGUUCUCUAAAUCAGAUUUUUAAUAUUUUUCUAUCAUGAAGUUUAUAUUGCUCAUGUUGCUUGUGCAAUGAAUCCCUGAUGUUUUAACUGUCAUUGUCAGAUAUUUAGUGGUACCUCUAAUCUGUUGUGUGAUCAGGGCUUUGUGAUCAGUUUCUCAUACUUGUGUGUAAAACUUGAAUGUACAUACUGAGAUGCUCUUGUUUUAGCAGCAUGCAGAGCCCACUUUUCUGUUGCUUUGAAUCUGUAUGUUUGCCUGGUAAGUCUCAAUACACAAUAAACUCAAACCAAAAUGCC